UGGAGCUAGUUCGUUCUCACAUUAGCCGCUCUGGCGCUCUUUCCCUCUCCGCUCCGUUCUUUGUCCAUUUUCCCUCCAUUUCUUUUCAGCCGCCUUGUUCUCAGCCAUCCCUUACAGUCAUUUCCUCCAUUUAUUUUCUCCUCUUCGCCAUUCCUCAUCCGAGACAAAAUCUCUUCUUUCCUGCCGUUUGUUUCACUCUCCAAAUUUUCGAUUUAUUCCAUAAAUCGGUUUCAUGUGCAAUGCACAUUGGUCCUUAAUUAGUACCACGGAGAAAAGGAAGAAACUCAGAGCAAUUGCAAGCAACGAGAAAUGAUCAUUAGAGCCAGAAAUCUUUCUCCAUCAAAACUCAAACCUCUCUCUUCUCUCUCCCUCUUCUUUACAGAACCCUUCACUUCCACUACAGCAGCCAAAACUUCAAUUCCGCUAUUACCCAUGACUAAGCCCCAAAUCUCCAACAAGACUCCACACCUCCUCUUCUUCACCAACCAUUUCACCUUUCAAUCUACAGCCACACCAUCACCACCAAAAAAGUAUCAAAAACACCAGCAGAAGCAGGAGUCCUCUUCUUCUAAAUCUUUGACCCUGAACCGAGAUGGAAACUAUGAUGAUGCCACCCCCCACAAUGUUGUUUGCCCAGGAUGUGGGGUACACAUGCAGGACUCAGACCCUAAACACCCUGGUUUCUUCAUCAAGCCCCCAACGAAGACCAAGGACCUGAUGCUCAAAACAGGUUCCCGCUACUUGGUACCUGUGUCAACUGAACCUGAAUUCACAGUCUUUCUCAAGAAAGGUGUGCUUUUGGAGGAAAAAGGUGAAAGCACUGACAUUGAGGAAGAGAACCUAGAUAAAGAAAUGCCUGAAAAGCCUGUGGUUUGCGCUAGAUGCCACUCAUUGCGCCAUUAUGGCAAGGUGAGGGAUCCAACAGUGGAGAAUUUAUUGCCAGAAUUUGAUUUUGAUCAUACCGUUGGCAGGAGAUUGGGAUCAGUGUCAGGAGCUCGGUCAGUGGUCUUAAUGGUGGUUGAUGCAUCAGAUUUUGAUGGGUCAUUUCCAAGAAAAGUAGCGAAACUUGUAUCUGAUGUAACUGAAGAGAAUUACACAGCUUGGAAACAGGGGAAAUCUGGAAAUGUGCCUAGGAUUGUGCUUGUAGUUACUAAGAUUGAUCUUUUACCAAGCUCUUUGUCACCUACGCGAUAUGAACAUUGGGUGAGGCAGAGAGCGAGGGAGGGUGGAGCUAGCAAGAUUGCAAAAUUGCAUUUUGUGAGUCCUGUGAGGGAUUGGGGAGUGAAGAGCUUGGUGGAGGAUGUUGUGGAGAUGGCAGGGCCUAGAGGGACUGUGUGGGCAGUGGGGGCCCAAAAUGCUGGGAAGAGUACAUUGAUCAAUGCCGUUGGGAAGUGUGUUGGUGGGAAGAUUGGUUUCUUGACAGAGGCACCAGUGCCUGGGACAACUUUGGGGAUAGUAAGAGUGGAAGGGGUGCUGCCAGGGCAGGCAAAGUUAUUUGAUACUCCAGGGCUUUUGCAGCCACAUCAAAUGACAACUAGGUUGACUAGGGAGGAGCAGAAGCUUGUUUAUGUUAGUAAGGAGUUGAAACCGAGGACGUAUAGAAUCAAGGCAGGUCACACAGUUCACAUUGCUGGACUCAUGAGGCUGGAUAUUGAAGAGUCAUCUGUGGAAUCUCUGUAUGUUACAGUUUGGGCAUCUCCUUAUCUACCAUUACACAUGGGGAGAACUGAAAAUGCACACAGAAUGCUAGAGGAUCAUUUUGGUCGUCAGUUACAGCCCCCAAUUGGGGAGGAACGAGUAGAAGAGCUUGGCAGUUGGGUGAGAAAGGAAUUCCAUGUUUCUGGUCACAGCUGGGAUUCAAGUUCAGUGGACCUUGCUGCCGCUGGUAUUGGUUGGUUUGCUAUUGGACUUAAUGGAGAGGCAGUGUUAGGGGUUUGGACCUAUGAUGGAGUUGACGUUGUUUUACGCAAUGCUUUGAUUCCUCAUAGAGCACAGCUUUUUGAAGAAGCUGGAUUCACAGUCUCUAAAAUUGUCUCAAAGGCUGACCAAGCUUUGAAUAAGUCACAGAAGCAAAAUGAAAAGAAGAAGAAACAGAGUGACCAGAAAACAGCUAUGACAGCUGAAUUUUGAUUCUGGCUGCAAAAGAUGUGCAAGUAUGGGAGGGAAAUCCUAACAUGGACCUGUAGGGGAAAGAGGAAGGUAGCAACAAACACAAGCCACCUUUGAAAGUACAGCAUCCUUUGUUGGAGCUUCUCUUCAGGCAAUGAUCUCUUUAAGAUAUUAGACCUAUACAUUACGCAGAAGAGAUGAGCUUAUGGAAUGGAUACACCUGGUGCACACUCUGGGUCUGCUCUAUGUAGUUAGGUAGUUUGUUCAGUAUGAUAAGCAGCAUUUUGGUAUCGCUCUUACAAUUUGGAAAGGUUAUGUAUCCGUUUUCGUCAUAUGAAGAUCUGUUUCUUUCGAUGGUACAGCCUACGGAGGUAAAUUUUUUGAUCUUGAAAGUUGAAAAGAUCAAGCAUGACAAAAAUAAGGAACGUUAUAUUGUCUUUAUGGAUAUAUAAAAUUCAGAAUGCAGCUUGAAACUAAACAAUUUCUUGGUCGUUGUCUUCUUUUCAAUUGAUGUUUGCAAUUUGGCAAA